UUAGUUAUCUGUACGUAUUAUUUAAAAACUCUCUCCUUAUUUGCAAAAACAAAAACUACGUACGUGAGUUCUGUUUCAGGCGGCAGCAAGUCGGAAACAUGGCCGGAGCUUCCACCGAAAGGUCUCUGGAGCAGACGGCCACGUGGGCUGUUGCAGCAGUUUGCUUUGUUUUGGUUUUAAUUUCAAUAGUUAUCGAACACAUAAUCCACCUUAUAGGAAAGUGGUUGAAGAAGAAACACAAAAGUGCCCUUUACGAAGCCCUUGAAAAGAUAAAAUCUGAGCUUAUGUUGUUAGGGUUUAUAUCCUUGCUUUUAACGGUAGGGCAGGGUACGGUAUCCAAAAUAUGCAUAUCGGAGAAAUCUGCGGCUACUUGGCAUCCCUGCAACAGUAAACAAGAAGCUAAGCAUAACAACUAUUCCAAAACAGAUUACAACGACAAUAAUCACCGGAGACUUCUAAUGGCGUCGGAUUUCGGUGGAAGCAUUCGGCGUUCCUUAUCGGCGGGGUCCUCUUCUAGCAGUUGUCCUCCAGGUAAAGUCCCAUUUGUGUCAUCUGAAGGCAUCCAUCAACUCCAUAUCUUCAUCUUUGUGCUAGCCGUUUUUCAUGUCCUUUCUUGUAUCCUCACCAUGGCAUUAGGCAGACUCAAGAUGAGGAGGUGGAAGCGAUGGGAAAAGGAAACCAAAACUGUCGAGUACCAGUUUUCUCACGAUCCUGAGAGGUUCAGGCUUGCAAGGGACACAUCAUUUGGGAGAAGGCACUUGAGGUUUUGGACAAGAACACCCAUCCUCAUGUGGAUUGUUUGUUUCUUCAGGCAAUUUGUGAGGUCGGUACCUAAGGUGGAUUACUUGACCCUUCGACAUGGAUUUAUUAUGGCACAUUUGGCACCCCAAAGUCAUAUGAACUUUGAUUUCCAAAAAUACAUCAAUAAAUCACUCGAAGAAGAUUUCAAGGUUGUUGUGGGAAUUAGUCCUCCAAUAUGGUUCUUUGCAGUGUUCUUCCUACUCUCCAAUACCCAUGGAGGGUUCUCUUAUCUAUGGCUACCAUUCCUCCCAUUGAUUGUGAUCCUUCUGGUGGGGACUAAGCUACAAGUGAUCAUAACCAAAAUGGGGCUUCGAAUCCAAGAGAGAGGAGAGGUGGUUCAAGGCCUCCCCGUCGUUCAGCCUGGCGACGACCUCUUCUGGUUCAACCGCCCCCGGCUCCUAUUGUACCUCAUCAACUUCGUUCUUUUUCAGAAUGCCUUUCAGCUUGCUUUCCUUACAUGGACUUUGUGGGAAUUUAAACCAAGAUCUUGUUUCCAUGAGCAUACGGACGACUUAGUCAUCAGAAUCUCAAUGGGGCUAGUCGUUCAAAUUCUUUGCAGUUACGUUACUCUUCCACUCUAUGCCCUCGUAACACAGAUGGGAUCGAGCAUGAAACCGACCAUAUUCAACGAGAGAGUGGCGGCAGCGGUGAGAAAGUGGCACCACAUGGCCAAGAAACACAUCAAACAAAACAAAGGGUCCAUGACCCCCAUGUCCAGUAGGCCGACCACCCCACAUCACAUGUCCCCAGUGCACCUCCUUCGACACCACCGGAGCGAAAUGGACAGCCUCCAGACAUCUCCGAAGAAGUCGAAUUUUGAGAUCGAUUAUGGGCAAAUAGGAUCUCCAUCCGUCUGGCACCGGAAUCGUGGUGAGGGUUCAUCCUCACAUGGCCAUAAUAACGUGGAAAAUGGUUACGUAGAGCAUGAUAGGGAUGCAAACCAACCAAAUUUAAGUACUGGGCAACAUGCAAGCGCACAACACGAGAUUGAAAUUCCGUCAGAGGAAUUUUCUUUUGUCAAAAAAACGAGUGUAUAAAUCUAGAUUUUAGGAGGUAAAUUUCGUGAUUCUGAUGUGGAGUAACGUCAAAGCUUGAUUUUGCAUUUCCAGAGAAAUACUUUUUUUGAUUAUUAUUAUUAUUAUUUUAAUGAGAAAUUAAUACUCUGUUGAGUAUGGUAAUAAUUUUUUGUUUUAAUU